GUUCAAAGUCAUUUAUAACAAAUUGAAUAGUUCUAGGCUUUGAGGAGAACCUUUUUACCAGUACUAUUUUAAACUUUUGGAUUUAAUUUGUUUCAAUUAUUUUAUGGAGAAAAAAGUGGGAACAGUACUAGUUAGUAGUAGAAAAAAUAAGGAUUAUCACAAGUCACAAAGUGGUACCCCCUUAAUUACAGGCACAAUAUAUGUUUGCCAACUUUUAACUUUUUCUCCUUAAUUAUAUUUCUCCCAUCUCUACUACUUUCCAUUGAAGAAUGGAGCUUCCCUUUGUGAAAUACUCCACUUCAGCUCAAAAAACCCCAAGUAUAUUUAUACUUUUAAUUUUAGCAGUUGUUGUUUUGGGUCUUAUCCCACUUUAUCACCCAUUUAAUUGGUACCCUCCUGGUUUAUCAAUAACCCAAAAUCCAUAUGAAAUUUCGCAGAAAAUAGAGAUUAACGAAGCAGAGACGUGUGAUAUUUUCAAUGGAGAAUGGGUGUGGAAUCCGGAUGCACCAUAUUAUACGAAUACGACAUGUACUGAAAUUCAUGAACACCAAAAUUGUAUGAAGUAUGGAAGACCUGAUGGUGAUUAUUUGAAGUGGAGAUGGAAGCCUAAUGAGUGUGAGCUGCCAAUUUUCAAGCCUUAUCAGUUUUUGGAUUUGGUGAGGAACAAGUCGUUAGCAGUUGUGGGUGACUCAGUUGCAAGAAACCAAAUGCAAUCUCUCAUAUGCCUUUUGUCCAGGGUGGAAUAUCCUGUUGAUAUUUCUGAUAAUCCAGAUCAAUCUUUCAAAAAGUACAAAUACGCAACUUACAACUUCACCUUAGCAAUAUACUGGUCCCCUUUUUUGGUUUCAACGAAAGAAGUAGAAGCUGAUGGCCCAUGCCAUACUGGACUCUACAACCUUUACCUAGAUGAAGCAGAUGAGAAGUGGACCACUCAAAUAGAGGGAUAUGACUACGUCAUCUUAAACGGUGGCCACUGGUUUGCCCGGUGCAGUGUCUACUACGAAAACAACCAGCGAGUUGGGUGCAGGUACUGUGGACUACCAAAUGUUACUGAACUCCCGGCUGCCUACGCGUACCAAAGGGCAUUUAGAACUAGUCUUAAAGCCAUCAACAACUUAGAAAAUUUUAAGGGUGUAGCUAUUCUUAGGACUUUUGCUCCUCAUCAUUACGAAGGUGGGAAUUGGAAUGAGGGAGGUGAUUGUGCAAGGACAAGGCCAUUUAGAAGUAACGAGACCACGUUGGAGGGUCAGAACUUGGAGCAAUAUAGGAUUCAAGUUGAAGAGUUUAAGGCCGCGGAGAAAGAAGGGAAGAUGAAGGGGAAGAGAUUCAGAUUGCUGGAUACAACGCGAGCCAUGUUGUUAAGACCAGAUGGUCACCCAAGUAAAUAUGGGCAUUGGCCAAAUGAGAAUGUGGCAAAUGACUGUGUGCAUUGGUGCUUGCCCGGUCCUAUUGAUUCGUGGGCGGAUUUCUUGUUUCAUAUGUUCAAGAUGGAGGGCAUCAGAUCCCUGGAGGAAAAGCUUCAAUGAGAGAGCAAAUUAUACAAUGUAAUCUAAUUGUUUUAGUAGCUUAAUAUAUUUUUAAGAUUCAUGUUUUUGUGAUUAAAGAGGAACUCUGUUUCUUAGAUAGUUAUCUUAAAGUGAAGAUGUAAUCAUAGCACUGUUAUUUGUUGUGACAUCUGACUGGCACAUGGCAGUAUCAGAUACAACGCAUGGAAGGGUACAAUGUGUCAGACUUUAUCUCCAAAGUAAGGUGGAGAGGUUGUUUCCAAUAAAUUUUCAUUUGAAUGAAA